ACAGAGUCAGUCGGUAGCUGGGUAAUGAACAGUAUCCCCAUAUUCUUUUUGCCUGCUGGAUAAUGGUUCAAUGAAUGCCUGGGCACUAUGUGAAAGUGGGCGUGGUUUUGUUUCACAAAUUUGGUAGACACUCUUCUUUCUAAGGCAACAAAUUUGAAAACGAUGUUAUCCACCAACAUCAGAUGCUAGUAUUUGCUGGAGGUAGUGAGUCCAAAUGGAACAAAACGUAAGCCAUGCGUGUGCACAUAAGAUAAAUCUCCAGCAACUAGCUAGCGGAAAAAGAAAAACUCCUCAGCUAUGGCCAACCAGCAAAACUGCGUCUCAUAUGCGAUUUUGGUUACUUGGGUCCUGUUAGUAUGUUCCUGUGAAGCAAGCUUCGCCUUAACAUCAGAAGCUCUGGCCCUCCUCAAGUGGAAAGAAGGCCUUGGAAAUCAGUCAAUUAUCCAGUCAUGGGUACUUUCGCCGGAAGAUGCCAAUUCCGGCAAUACAAGUCAUUGCAAAUGGAGAGGAAUAAUGUGCAAUGAUGCAGGAAGUGUUACUGAAAUAAAUCUUGCAUACACAGGCUUGACAGGUACUCUUCAAGAUUUGGAUUUCUCUUCCUUCCCCAAUCUUCUUCGUCUUGAUCUUAAAGUAAACAAACUCACAGGCACCGUUCCAUCCAACAUUGGCCUACUUUCUAAACUCCAAUUCCUUGACCUUUCCACCAAUUCUCUUCAUGGGACUCUGCCUCUUUCUCUUGCCAAUCUCACUCAAGUUUAUGAGCUUGACGUGUCUCGAAAUAAUAUUACUGGUGUGCUAGACCCGCGCUUGUUCCCUGAUGGAACAGGCGCUGCCAAAACUGGCCUUAUUAGCCUAAAGAAUUUACUCCUUCAAACUACAGCGCUUGGUGGCAGGAUUCCUCAGGAAAUAGGAAACCUGAAAUAUCUGUCUCUUCUAGCUCUAGAUGAGAAUCAUUUUUAUGGUCCCAUCCCUCGAUCUUUAGGAAAUUUGAGUGAGUUAUCCAUUCUACGCCUUUCCGGCAAUCUCUUAUCUGGGAACAUCCCACCAAAUUUAGGCACAUUAAGCAAGCUAACUGAUUUGCGCUUGUUGACGAACAAACUGUCCGGCCAGGUGCCUGAAGAAUUGGGCAAUCUUUCAUCUUUAACUGUUCUACACCUUUCUGAGAAUAACUUCACCGGCCAAUUGCCACAACAAGUGUGCCAAGGUGGAAAGCUAGUCAACUUCUCAGCUGCCUUCAACAAUUUCUCUGGGCCAAUUCCAGUCAGCCUAAAAAACUGCCACUCCUUGUACAGAGUUAGGCUUGAACACAACCAACUCACCGGAGUUGUAGACCAAGAUUUUGGUGUGUAUCCAAAUCUCACUUAUGUUGACCUAAGUUUCAACAAUUUUAGAGGUGAGCUCUCUGCUAACUGGGGAGAAUGCAAAAACCUCACAGUUCUCAGAAUUGCUGGGAAUAUGUUGAGCGGCAAAAUCCCUGUUGAGAUUGGUCAGCUGAACUCGCUAGCAGUUCUUGACCUCUCUUUCAAUCAGAUUUCCGGAGAGAUACCGGCGCAACUCGGAAAAUUAUCCAAACUGUUGUUUCUAAGCCUGAAAGAUAACUGGCUUUCAGGUCAGGUGCCAGUGGAAAUUGGAGAACUAUCCAGUCUGCAGUCUCUGGACCUCUCUAUGAACAUGCUGAGUGGACCGAUUCCAUAUCAAAUAGGCGAAUGCACUAGACUUCGAUUGUUAAGCUUGGCCAAGAAUAGCUUGAACGGGACAAUCCCAUAUCAAAUUGGUAAUCUUGUAGCUUCACAAAAUUUGCUAGAUUUGAGCUCUAAUUUUCUCACUGGAGAAAUCCCUUCUCAGCUCGGGAAGCUUACGAGUUUAGAACAACUGAAUCUAUCCUGCAAUAAUCUUAGUGGUGCAAUUCCUGCUUCUCUUAGCAAUAUGUGGAGUUUGAUUGCUGUUAACUUCUCAUACAACAAUUUAGAGGGUCCACUUCCUGAUAGCAACAUCUUCCGUUCAUCCCAGCCCAGUGCUUAUAGCAACAACAAAGACUUAUGCAGUGGAUUUGUCAAAGGUCUGAAACCCUGCAAUGCCACACCUGAGAGAAAGAAUGGGCGGAAUAAGAAAAACAGAGUUGUAAUUGUUGUUGCUCCGUUAGCAGGUGGGCUAUUUCUUUCACUUGCAUUUGUUGGUGUUGUUGGACUUCUCCACCCAUGGAGCUCAAGAAAUUUUUCAAAAGAUGGAAGCAAAUCAAGCAGCACGGAAGAUCCAUUCUCGAUGUGCUAUUUCAAUGGGAGGAUUGUGUAUGAAGAUAUCAUUAAAGCCACAAAAAACUUCAAUGACACGUACUGUAUAGGAGAGGGGGGAACUGGGAAGGUUUACAAAGUGGAAAUGCCAGGUUCGCAAAUAUUAGCUGUGAAGAAGCUGAAUUAUCUGGGCAGGGAUGGAGAAGCUGAGAGGAUAAAAAGUUUUAGCUAUGAGGUAGCAGCUUUAGCAGAGCUGCGCCAUCGUAACAUUGUGAAACUCCAUGGAUUCUGCUCUCGAGGAAAGCAUAUAUUUUUGGUUUAUGAGUUCAUAAAAAAUGGUAGCUUAGCUAAUAUGCUAAGCAGCGACAAAGGAGCCAAGGAGUUGGAUUGGGAAAAGAGGAUUAGAGUUGUUAAAGGUGUAGCUCAUGCUUUAAAUUACAUGCAUCAUGACUGUGAUCCACCUGUUGUUCAUCGAGACAUAUCGAGCAACAAUGUCCUAUUGAACUCUGAACUUGAGGCUCAUGUUUCAGAUUUUGGCACUGCCAGGUUUUUGAAGCCUGAUUCAUCCAACUGGACAACAAUUGCAGGCACGUAUGGCUACAUUGCUCCAGAGCUUGCUUGCACGGGCGUGGUGACUGAGAAAUGUGAUGUUUAUAGCUUUGGUGUUCUGACAUUAGAAGUUAUGAUUGGAAAGCAUCCAGGGGAACUCAUAUCCUAUCUACAAUCAUUGAGUAGCCGAUGCAUCCACUUGGAUGAUGUGUUAGAUGCACGUCUCUCGCCACCGUCAGACCAACAACUUGCUGAUAAAUUGUCCUGUCUGUUAACUAUCUCUCUCUCAUGUUUGCGAGCCAAUCCUCAAUCUCGACCAUCCAUGAGAACUGUAUCUCAGCUCCUUGAAAUCAAGGCCAGUUCUGAUUAGGAAACCUCACACGCUAGUCCACUUGGUUUAAUAAAUUUGUAAUCAGAAUGUUCAGGAUUUCUGACAGGCUCAAAAAUUAAACACCUUAAUUUGUAUAUAUAUCACGUAAAUGUUCAUCUUUGAAA